AUGGGCAGGACAAAGAAAUAUCAGGAGCCAUCUAUGGUGUCAGCAGAAACUACUCAGCAGGAAGAGGGAAAAGAGUUAUUUGGGAAACAAAAGGGACCCAAAUUCCACCAGAGAAAGCUGAGAAUGAAUGGGAAGGUGGAAUCCUCUAUUUCUCAGCGUCCUGAUAUUCAUGAAUUCCAGAUUUCACGAGAGGAUCAGAGUGAAAAAGAAAGGAAGAAGUGUGCAUUCUGUGGGAAGAUAUUCAAACAUAAUUCUGGAUUAAUCAUACAUUGCAGAACCCACACAGGAGAGAAACCAUAUAAAUGCAUGGAGUGUGGGGAGUGCUUCAGUGAUAAGGGAACACUUACUGUCCAUCAAAGAACUCACAUAGGGGAGAAACCAUAUGAAUGCAUGGAGUGUGGAAAGUGCUUCAGUCAGAACUCAAAUCUUGCUGUCCAUCGAGAAGUUCACACAGGGGAGAAACCCUAUAAAUGCUUGGAGUGUGGAAAGAACUUCAGUAAGAACUCGUGUCUUCUUGUCCAUCAAAGAAGUCAUACUGGAGAGAAACCAUAUAAAUGCAUGGAGUGUGGGAAGUGCUUCAGUGAUAAGGGAACACUUACUAGACAUCAAAGAAUUCACACAGGGGAGAAACCACAUAAGUGCAUGGAGUGUGGAAAGAACUUCAGGAACAGCUCGGCUGUUUUUGUCCAUCAAAGAAGUCAUAUAGGAGAGAAACCCUAUCAAUGCCUGGAGUGUGGAAAGUGCUUCAGUCAGAACUCAAAUCUUACUGUUCAUCAAAGAACUCACACAGGGGAGAAAUCAUAUAAAUGCCUGGAGUGUGGAAAGAGCUUCAGUGGUAGGACAACACUUACUGUUCAUCACAGAACUCACACAGGGGAGAAACCAUAUAAAUGCCUGGAGUGUGGAAAGAGCUUCAGUGGUAGGACAACACUUACUGUUCAUCAAAGAACUCACACAGGGGAGAAACCAUAUAAAUGCCUGGAGUGUGGAAAGAGCUUUAGUGGUAGGACAACACUUACUGUCCAUCAUAGGUCUCACACAGGGGAGAAACCAUAUAAAUGCAUGGAGUGUGGAAAGAGCUUCAUCCAAAGCAGAAGUCUUACUCUCCAUCUAAGUAGUCAUACAGGAGAGAAACCAUAUAAAUGCAUGGAGUGUGGGAAGUGCUUCAAUGACAAGGGAGCACUUACUAGACAUCGAAGAAUUCACACAGGGGAGAAACCACAUAAGUGCAUGGAGUGUGGAAAGAACUUCAGGAACAGCUCGGCUGUUUUUGUCCAUCAAAGAAGUCAUACAGGAGAGAAACCCUAUCAAUGCCUGGAGUGUGGAAAGUGCUUCAGUCAGAACUCAAAUCUUACUGUUCAUCAAAGAACUCACACAGGGGAGAAAUCAUAUAAAUGCCUGGAGUGUGGAAAGAGCUUCAGUGGUAGGACAACACUUACUGUUCAUCACAGAACUCACACAGGGGAGAAACCAUAUAAAUGCCUGGAGUGUGGAAAGAGCUUCAGUGGUAGGACAACACUUACUGUUCAUCAAAGAACUCACACAGGGGAGAAACCAUAUAAAUGCCUGGAGUGUGGAAAGAGCUUCAGUGGUAGGACAACACUUACUGUCCAUCAUAGAACUCACACAGGGGAGAAACCAUAUAAAUGCAUGGAGUGUGGAAAGAGCUUCAUCCAAAGCAGAAGUCUUACUCUCCAUCUAAGUAAUCAUACAGGAGAGAAACCCUAUCAAUGCCUGGAGUGUGGAAAGUGCUUCAGUGAUAGUAGAAUACUUACUGUUCAUCACAUAACUCACACAGGGGAGAAACCAUAUAAAUGCCUGAAGUGUGGAAAGAGCUUCAGUGGUAGGACAACACUUACUGUUCAUCAAAGAACUCACACAGGGGAGAAACCAUAUAAAUGCCUGGAGUGUGGAAAGAGCUUCAGUGGUAGGACAACACUUACUGUCCAUCAUAGAACUCACACAGGGGAGAAACCAUAUAAAUGCAUGGAGUGUGGGAAGUGCUUCAGUCAGGGCUCAAACCUUAGAGUCCAUCAAAGAACUCACAUUGGGGAGAAGCCAUAUAAAUAUAUAUAG